AUGCCAGCCGUCGCUCGCCGUUUCUCCAUUACAAAUUUCCUGAUUGCGACCACUGCGCUCGCAUUCCAGGUCUUCGUCCUUUACCCAUGGCACAACAAACUGGAUGAAGAUUUCAUGGAAUUGAAGCAGGAGAACAUCAGAUUAUUGCAAGAGAUGGAGAAAGGCAGGAUGCUGGAAAUCAAGGAGAUCAAGGAAGCAUUCAGCGGGCUCAAAACAAACUAG